UGCACGCGCUCGCAAACGGAUUAUACGCGCUUCGGUUAGUCGAAAUCGAUCCUCACGAUACAAGUGCUUGACGAUAUUAUCGGUGAAUUGCAGUGCUGACUGUGCGGUAAUUGUGUUCUCAAACUGUUGUGAGAAAGAAAAUUGCGCCACAUUACGCUCGCAAAAAAAAGUGAACCGUGGCUUUGCAGAAUCUUCAAGACCAAAUUUACGAUCCGCUGUGUAUCUUCGUGUCAACGUCAGAUAAUUGCAGUGGUGAUAUCAGUUAAGGCGCGGACGACAAGCGCGCCGCCACCCAUCAUCAUCUUGCACAGGCAUUGUUAUCAGCAGCAUCGUGUUCAGCAAGACAAUACGAGCCCAGAGAACGCUAUCACUCCUCCAGAUUUCCUAGAGCCGUGCUGCAUCAUCAUUAGGCGUCUCAAGCUGCUUUAAAUCUCCCUGAGCAAAUCCCCCGGAGAGCAGUAAUUAAGUUAUAAAAGAGACUAAAAGCGUGAAAAUCACUGGCACAUAUGUUGAAAAGGGCGCCAAGUGAAGUGGUUCCAUUCGCGGAAAGCUGUUAUUGCCGCCAGUAGCCUAGGUGGGAUAAAUGAGAAGGAUUAUUACCCCGUAGGAGUGCCGUCGAGACCCGCAAGAAUUGUCGUGUCGUGAUAUGUUGUUGUCAAAUGUGAUGUGUGAACGCAGUUGAUGAUACGGUUGACUUGGUGAAUGUUAAUAGGAUUGUUGGCUGCUCGUUCGAAAGGAGAUUUUCCACGCGAGUGGGGUGGGGGUUGAAAUGGGUCUGGAAAGCAAGUACUCCGAAAUGGAAGAAAACGGAAAAAGUACCAAUUGUGUUGAUGGCGAUGUGAAAGAGUUGAAGUUCUCCGAUAACGAUGACGAUGUGGGAGGAAAUGAACGAAUGGAACAGUAUGAAAACUACAAAAACAGUGAAAAAACUAAAAAUGGUGCUGAAUUCGAGAAGAUGCUCCCGGAUUUCGAGGACAUGUUCAAGGACAUGCCACUGACGAAGGACACCACCUGUGGAUUCUGGUUAUUCAAGGGACCAUUCCUGCAAAAAUUUGCCAACAAGAAAGCCUACGUUUUUCUGUACGGUGUCGUGGGAUGUAUCUUUUCCGCUACUUAUGCGUACUUCAACGGUACGAUUACAACCCUAGAAAAACGAUACAAAAUUCCUAGCAAAAACACCGGAAUUAUCUCGGUCGGAAACGACAUAAGUUCAUUGUUCCUAUCAGCCAUCCUCAGUUACUACGCCGGAAAAGGACACCGUCCCCGAUGGAUAGCAUUCGGUUUGUUUACCAUAGUUUUAUUUUGUUGGUUGAAUGCACUUCCCCAUCUGUUGUACGGUCCGGGAGAGGCCGCCCUUUCGUUAACUACGGAGCAUGGGGCCAGCUAUGACGAGGAUCAGACUAAGGAAGUGUUUGAAGCACAGAAAGCGAAGACGUUAUGCCGGGGUAAUGGAACUCGAGGAGCCGAAUGUGAAGUGGAAGAAGGCAAUCUAGCUCCUCAGGUGGUGCUGUUUGUGGCACAGUUCAUUUCCGGGGUAGGAAGUUCACUGUAUUACACAUUAGGCGUAUCGUACAUGGAUGACAACAUCAAGAAAUCAAAAACUCCUGCACUGGUUAGUGUUUCAUAUUUCCUGAGAAUGCUUGGACCAGCGAUAGGUUAUACGUUGGCGUCGUAUUGCCUGAAGCUGUAUAUUUCCCCAUCAAUGACACCAACCAUCACGAACAAAGAUCCUCGAUGGUUGGGAGCCUGGUGGUUGGGAUGGCUAGUCCUAGGAUUACUUCUGGGAUUCUUUGCAAUUUUCAUGGGUAUGUUUCCGAAACAGCUACCGAGAGCUGCUAUUAGGAGAAGGAUAGCCACUGAGAAGCAGAAGCUUGGUGUGAAGCUAAGCGAAGUGAAAAAGGAAAAUGAGCUACCUGCAUCGUUCAAAGACAUGAUGAUAACUUUCAAACGGUUAUUGAAAAACAAAAUCCUCAUGUUGAACAACAUAGCUUCAGUAUUCUACUUUUUCGGGUUCAUGCCGUACUGGAUCUUCACUCCGAAGUAUAUCGAGACCCAAUACAAGCAAUCGGCUUCUACAUCCAGUUUGGUAACUGGUACAGUGGCGCUGGCAUUCUCCGCUAUCGGAGUGCUUCUAUCUGGAAUCGUCAUUUCGAAGUACAAACCAAGAGCACGAUAUAUGGCUGCUUGGAACGUUUUAGUGGGACUACUUUCCGUAAUGGGCAUGGUAACUUAUGCGUUUUUAGGAUGUACCGCUGCUGAGAACUCCGUCAUCGUUAAUCAUUCAUCAAGUACGGAUUUAACACCAACCUGCAAUUCCAACUGCCAAUGUGAUUAUGUAAAGUAUUCUCCGAUUUGUGGAGAGGAUGGAAAUACAUAUAUUUCUGCUUGUCAUGCCGGUUGCAAACAGCAAUAUCAAAGCGGAGAUCUCAAGAUCUACGAUGAUUGCUCCUGUAUAUCUGGUAGAAAUUAUUCAAAUACAAAUCCAGUACUAGAAAGGCUAUUGACAUCGAACAGCACAUCAGAAAGUGCAUAUUCUCUAUCCUAUAGUCAGUUGGAAUCUCACGGAGGUAAAGCUCUUGCUGGACCAUGUCCGUUGAACUGCCAGAAAGAAUUCAUCACCUUCCUGGUGGUGAUGUGUUUCCUGAAAUUUUCCGGGGCCACUGGUCGGGCGAGUAACUUCUUGGUAUCGGUACGGUGUGUCGACGAAAAGGAUAAAACCGUUUCGAUGGGUUUCGGAAUGAUGCUGUUAAGUUUGUUGUCUUUCAUCCCGAGUCCGAUAUUUUUCGGGCUUGUUCUGGACAAAACCUGCUUGGUGUGGGGUAAAACAUGUUCCGGGAAAGGAAACUGCUGGUUGUAUGAUGGAGAAUCAUUGAGGUACCUCAUGAACUUCAUAGCGGCCGCAUUUGUUCUCGCAGGAACUCUAGUCGAUUGUGGAGUAUGGUAUUAUGUGAAGGAUCUGAAAAUAUUUGACGAUGAAGUCAAAGACAAGGAAAUCGCUCUGGCUGAAAAGGAGGAGGAAAUCACAACUGAUCGACCGUCAUAGCUGUUUGAGAGUGCGUGAUCUUGAAGGCAAUAAUGUUAGAGUCUAAUUUUGGGAACAUUCCAAAGAAUUGUUUGUACAUUAAAAUAAAAGUAAAUAAAUUAAGGUAACGUAAUCUCAAACAAACAAA